AUGGGGCGAAAUUUGCACGAAACAAAAAAGGUGUUUAAUGAAAGAUACCCAAAAAACCCUAUUUGCAGGAAAUAUCUACGGGAUUUGGUGGCAAAAUUUCAAACAAGUGGAAGUGUGGGUAGGCAGAAAAGAUCGGGAAGGAAAUCAAUUUCCGAAGAGAAACAGGUGCAAAUAGUUGGUUCGGUUGUCAAUAUUAUACAACAAUCGACGGCCGCAGUUGCAGAGCCUUGUGUUGUAUUUCAAACAACUGUUAGGAAAUAUUUAAAGAAGAACAAAUUUUAUCCCUACAAGCUUUAA